AUGGCGACAUUUGUGAAGCGCAGCAGCAGCCAAGGACUCUUGCUGCUUGCAUUGCUUCUCUUGACAUUCUCUGUCAUUCCUGCACCCAUCAGCGGUCAGAGCACUGAAGAAGCCAGGAGGGGCAGGAAAGACGACAUUUUCAAUGGAUGUCACUACAACCAGAACGUCCAUGACACGGAUAUCUUCUGCUGCAGCAAAGACAACCAGUGCUGGUCACAACUGACGGAGUGCGUCAAAAACUGCCCCUGCAAGGUUGGCUGCAGCCCUCCAGCCUCCAGCCGUUGA